UUGACAUUAAUUAAUUCUUUAUUAUUGAAUUAUCAAAUAAUUUUUGUACAAAUUCUGUAUUAAAACAACAUAAAUUGCUAAAAUUUGAAUUUAAAAAGUGAAAAUUCAUUUUCGUAUCAAUUUUUUAGUUGAAAUAUACACAUGGUUAGGUUAUUAUGUUAUCGUCACUAAAUUAAACGUAAAUAAAUAAUUUUUUAAUGGACUUUACGUAUUUAUACUUCAUAAUUUUUGUUUAAAAGUGAUGUGAUUAUAUGUAUACAGUGUUAAACAUUAAGAACGUGAAGUAUCUGCAUAUAAAACAAUGCAUUAAAGUUGCACGGAACACCGUUUUUAUUCUAGUAACUUUGAUGUAAAAACAUGACAGCUUGUGGCUAACUUCAGAUCUUUAGUCAUCUGUCAUUUUCACGGGAUUUGAUAGAUUUAAUGAAAAAUAAAAUUAUAAAAAAUCUCUACCAUCUCAAUAUCAUUUGUUAAAUAAAUUUAACAAAAAUGACUUCAUUCCCGGGAAGUAUCGCUUUCGAUGAAUAUGGUCGACCGUUUAUAAUUCUCAGAGAUCAAGACAAACAAAAACGAUUAACCGGAAUAGAUGCGCUUAAGUCGCAUAUUUUGGCAGCCAGACAAAUUGCACAUACAGUUAGCACUUCUUUAGGACCCAAAGGCUUAGAUAAAAUGAUGGUAUCUCCUGACGGAGAUGUAACUGUGACGAACGAUGGUGCUACUAUUUUAAAAAUGAUGGAUGUAGAAAACGAAGUCGCUAAACUCUUAGUGCAGUUGUCUCAAUCACAAGACGAUGAAAUCGGUGAUGGUACUACUGGAGUAGUAGUUUUAGCAGGAGCCCUAUUAGAACAAGCUGGAUCUCUACUUGAUAAAGGGAUUCAUCCUAUUAGAAUCGCCGAUGGUUUCGAAUUAGCUUGCCAAACUGCAGUGAAUCAUUUAGAAAAAAUAGCCGAGCUGUUUCCUGUGUCUGCCGAAAAUACUGAACCGUUAAUAAAAGUAGCAAUGACUACUUUAGGAUCUAAAAUUAUUAACAAGUGUCACAGACAGAUGGCGGAAAUAGCUGUAAAUGCAGUUUUAGCUGUAGCCGAUUUACAACAGAAGGAUGUAAAUUUUGAGCUCAUUAAAGUUGAAGGAAAAGUCGGUGGAAAGCUGGAAGAUACGACUUUAGUUAAAGGGGUUGUUAUAGAUAAAACGAUGUCGCAUCCACAGAUGCCUAAAGAAUUGAAAAAUGUGAAAUUAGCUAUUCUUACUUGUCCAUUUGAACCCCCAAAACCAAAGACUAAACAUAAGUUGGAUGUAUCCAGCGUUGAUGAUUACAAAGAAUUAAGACAAUAUGAACAGGAAAAAUUCAAAGAAAUCGUCAGUUUAGUGAAAAAAGCCGGAGCUACAUUAGCAAUUUGUCAAUGGGGAUUCGAUGACGAAGCUAACCAUUUAUUGUUACAACAAGAAUUACCAGCAGUUAGAUGGGUUGGAGGUCCGGAAAUUGAAUUGAUAGCUAUAGCUACUGGAGGUAGAAUAGUACCUCGUUUUGAAGAACUCAGCCCUGAAAAACUCGGUAGCGCCGGUUUAGUAAGGGAAAUCUCAUUCGGUACCACCAAAGACAGGAUGUUGGUAAUUGAAGAAUGCUCGAAUUCGCGCGCCGUCACUAUUCUAGUUAGAGGUGGUAAUCAAAUGUUGGUGGCAGAAGCUAAAAGAAGCCUUCAUGACGCUUUGUGCAUUGUCAGAAGUUUAGUCCAGGAACCGAGAGUGGUAUACGGAGGAGGAGCAGCCGAAAUAGCUUGUAGUCUAGCGGUAGCUGCUCAGGCGGAUCAACUGGCGUCUUUGGAACAGUACGCCUACAGAGCUUUUGCUGAGGCUUUGGAAAGUAUUCCUUUAGCUUUAGCCGAAAAUAGUGGUUUGUCUGCUAUUCAUACUCUGGGAGAAUUGAAAGCUAAACAAUCAGCUACAAACGAUCCUGCCCUCGGUGUAGAUUGUAUGAAUACAGGUAAUUUGAAUAUGAGAGAACAACAUGUGAUCGAAUCUUUGAGAUCUAAGAGACAACAGUUCUUGUUAGCUACCCAAUUGGUCAAAAUGAUAUUGAAGAUUGAUGAUAUACGUCAACCGACUUCUGGUUAAUUUUUUUUUGUUUUUAAUUCUCACUAAUGUUCAUUUGUAUCGCUUUUUGAUCUGUAAUUCGCAAUUACUGAUAGUAUUAAUAAUAAUUUAUAAAAAUUU